CAAGUCGGACUUCCUGACCGGGUCACCCAGUUAACAGGCAGGAUAAGCCAGUGUGGGCUUGUGGCGGCGUGAAGACUCACCACCAGUGCCUGUUGCACUUGACUUGAAGACCGCACACCGCAAGCAUGUCUCGUCUGGUCACUCGCAUCUUUGUUAUUUCCAAACACUCGAGAGCUGGACUGCCAUUGUUGUCAUGGCGGAGCAUCCCGGUCUUCGUCCAACCUGUACACACAAGUGGAGGCCUGCAAUCUCUCACCCGCUAUGACAAGACGAUAGAUUGGCAAAAGAAACUCACUCCUGAGCAGUAUGUUGUCACUCGAGAGAGAGGUACAGAAUUGCCCUUUAGUGGGAUCUACCUGAAUCACUAUGAAGUGGGGAUGUACCAUUGUGUCUGCUGUGAUUCUCCACUCUUCAGCUCAGAGUCCAAGUAUGACUCUGGGACGGGCUGGCCAGCUUUCAAGGAGGCUCAUGGGACGUGGGAGCGAGAUGAAAGCCACUCCUCCAUCAUCCGUCGCCCUGACAACAGCCUGGGUAGCGCCAGCACAGAGAUUCUUUGUAAAAACUGUGACGCCCACUUGGGUCAUGUAUUUGAGGACGGGCCAGAGCCGACUGGUCAGCGGUUCUGUAUUAACAGCGCAGCCCUCAACUUUAAACCCAGAGAAAACAACAAAGCUGGAGAGGAUGAGGAGAACUGACACAACAUUUGGCAACAUACUGUAUCAUCUCGUUUAUGAUGUAUCAUCUACAUUGUGGUUCU